AUGAAAAAAUUUGAUCCCCAUGAAGCGACCACAAAUCCGUCGUUGAUUUUAGAAGCCACUAAAAAACCUCAUUAUGAUUAUUUAAUUAAUUCAGCUAUUGAAUAUGUGAAUAGUAAAGAAAUUCCAAUGAAGAAAAUGACCGAAUUGGCUGCUGAAAAACUAUUGGUGAACUUUGGUGCAGAAAUUCUCAAGCUUAUUCCAGGUCGGGUGUCAGUUGAGGAAAUUAGUAUUGAUAAGUCACGAAUAAUGAUAAAGAUUGCAUCAACGUGGGAAGGAAUUCAAGCUGCUAAGAUACUUGAGAAGGAAGGAAUUCAAUGCAAUAUGACUUUAAUUUUCUCAUUUGUUCAGGCUGUUGCAUGUGCAGAAGUGGGUGUGACUAUAAUCUCCCCCUAUGCCGGUAGAAUUCUCGAUUG